AUGUGCGGGAGGGUCUGCUGCACCCUCAGCACCCACCGCCUCUGCAUCAUAGCGGGGAUAGCCCCAGAACACCAGCAGCAGCAGCAGCAGCAGCAGCAGCAGCAGCAGCAGCAGCAGCAACAGCAGCAGCAGCAACAGCAGCAACAACAGCAGCAGCACAAACCCGAAACCGCCGGAACAAAAACAGAAGCGAAGGAGCACACAAAGCUGCAGCUGCAGCAGCAGCAGCAACAACAACAGCAGCAGCAAGAACACCAGCAGCAGCAGCAGCAGCAGCAGCAGCAGCAGCAGCAGAUCCAGAAGGAGGAAGAUUUACACACAGCAGCAGCGCGAGGAGUUGCAUGCAAGACCGAAGCCCCCGAAGCAAAGCCAGCAGCAGAAGAAGCUGCAGCAGCAGCAGCAGCAGCAGCAGACGCAGCAGCAGCAGCAGACGCAGCAGCAGCAGCAGACGCAGCAGCAGCAGACGCAGCAGCAGCAGCAGAAGCAGCAGCAGCAGCAGAUGCAGCAGCAGCAGCAGAUGCGGCGGAAGCAGCAGCAGCACUAGAUGCAGCAGAAGCAGCAGAAGCGGCUGCAGCUGCAGAAGCAGCAGCAGCAGCAGUCCCCACAGAUAAAGAAGCAGCAUCAGCAGCAGCAACAGCAGCAGCAGCAGCAGCAGCAGGAGCAGCAACAGCAUGCAGCUGCUGCUUAUCUCUUGCUGCUGCAGGGUCCCUCGAUGCCUCCUUGCUGCAGCAGCCCGUCAGGGGAUACAACAUCCCCCCCUCUUCACGGCUGCCUGUGGUGCAGCAGCAGCAGCAGCAGCAGCAGCAGCAGCAGCAGCAGCGGCAGCAGCAGGGAAGCAGCAGCAGCAGCAGCAGCAGCAGCAGCAGCAGCCGAAGAGUUGUUGCUGCUACUUGGGGUCUGCAGCUGCACGGCAGCGAUCUGUGCCCCGCCAACGCCCGCAUAGAAACAGCACACACAAGCAGAGCAUUCAGAGCGGCCCAUCCCAUUUGGGGUGUCUACGCAGCAGCAGCAGCGGAGCACAAAGACAAAGCAGGAGACAGACAGCAGCAGCAGCAGCAACAGCAGCAGCAGCAGCUGCUGCUGCAGCUGCAGCAGCAGCAGCAGCAACGGGCUCCUCUGCUUUUGGGGUGUCUGUACACCUCAGCAUACCCUGAUGAACACAGCAGCAGCAGCAGCAGCAGCAGCAACAGCAGCAGCAGCAGCAGCAGCAGCAGCAUUUCGAUUGCAGUGGUUACGAUGGACUCAAAGGGGACGCCAAUGGAGGAGAUACACGAUAGGAUGCCGCUGCUGCUGUCGCCUGAGGGAGCAGCAGCAUGGCUGGAGGGGGCCCAACCCUUUCGAACGGUAAUAUGCUUCUGCCUUAAUGAAUUGCUGCAGCAGCAGCAGCAGCAGCAGCAAAUGGUGCAGCAGCAGCAAUUGAAGCAGCAGCUGUCUACCCACCUUACUCCAUCAGCAGCAAUCACUGCAGCAGCAGCAGCAAGUACAGCAGCAGCAGCAGCAGCAAAUACAGCAGCAGCAGCAGCAAAAAAAGCAGCAGCAGCAGCAGCAGCAGCAGUAGCAGCAAAUACAGCAGCAGCAGAUGCAGUAGCCGGAGCAGCAAAUAGACUAUCAACAGCAAAUGACGCAGCAGCAGCAGCAGCAGCAACAAAAGCAGCAGCUACAGCAGCAGCAGCAGAAGCAGCAGCAGCAGCAGAAGCAGCAGCAACAGCAGCAGCAGCAGCAACAAAUAAUAGAGACAGCAGCACUUAUAUAUCGUCAGCAGCUGUUGCCUCUGGGCCCCCCCCAUGGAUACGGGGCCGUAUAAAACUGCAUGCAGUUCGUGCUGCUGCUGCUGCUGCUGCUUUUGCUUCUGAUAGAUGA